AUGUAUACAAAAGGUCGAGUCUCGCGGGAUGCCGAAUUUUUAAAUCGAAACGUAUCGAGUCCCUCACCUUCGUCAUCUCCGUUGACCUACGAGUACUUCGGAAACGACAUACGCUACACCGCCGAUGGAUAUCCAGUCAAAGCGUUAGAUAAAUGUCAACAAGCAGUGAUCAUCUCGUCAGAUCCAGCGGCGCAUACAUCAUGCGAGCCUGGCAACUCCGGUAAAGGGGAAGCUGGUGCGAUUGCGGCCCCUUGUGGCCAGGAAGCUUAA